AUGGCUGCACUAUUCCUCACUAUCUGUAUCCUUUCUUCUUCGUUCCUCGCUAUCUCCGUAUUUUUAUUCAUCCGUUUCUUUUCAUCAUCAUCUUCUGAUGGUCCUGAAAUACCUGGUUACGAGAAACUACAAAUGGCAGGAGGAAGAAGUGAAAUCAAUUUUUUAUUUUUUAACAAACAAGUUCAAGAAUUAGGGAAAUAUGAGUAUAAUUCGAAACUCAAGGAAGGAGAAAAAGGAAAUCUGGCAUUCAAAAAGGUUGUGAAAGCUCAGCAACAGCUUGUUUCAGGGAGGAACUACUUUUUGAAGGUUUCUGCGAUUCAGGAUGGAAAACCUCAAUUGUUUGAUGCUGUUGUUUAUGUGAACCACAAUCGGGAGAAUCGUCUCAUCAGUUUUGGUCCUUCGUCUGAUUAA